UAGCAGUCCUUUCCUUUCGUUCUUUGAGGUUUUCUCUUUCCUUUGCUUUUUUAAAGAAACAUUGUUAGUAUGGAGCUUAUUUUUAUGUGAUUCAUCUUGCAGGAAUUUUUUAAAUUCCUUUGUGGAAGUCCUUAAUGACAUAUUUUACGUACAAUGAAUAUUAGCUUGUGCAAAUCACACAUUGACAUCUAGCAAGUACAGACAGCAAUAUUACUGUCAACACGGAAUAACUUGGGCUGGAUAUUUAUUGGAAAAAUGCCUUUCAAAGCUUGUGAUCAACUGGAAAACUAUGCAAAGGAAAAUCCUAAUCCUGACAUUGCAACUACAGGAUUUGGUUGCCCUGUGGGGUCUAUGACAGCAUCAUUGACAGUUGGUGAACGUGGUCCAAUAUUACUUCAGGAUGCUGUCUUCCUUGACACUAUGACACAUUUUGAUCGUGAGCGAAUACCAGAACGUGUCGUUCAUGCUAAAGGUGGUGGUGCAUUUGGAACAUUCAAAGUGACACAUGAUAUUUCAAAAUAUUGCAAAGCAAAAGUUUUUUCUGCCAUAGGCAAGGAGACACCAUGUCUUGUUCGAUUUUCCACUGUUGGUGGUGAAUCAGGUAGUGCAGACACAGCUCGAGAUCCAAGAGGUUUUGCUGUGAAAUUUUACACUGAAGAGGGUAACUGGGAUUGUGUCGGAAACAACACUCCAAUAUUCUUUAUUCGGGAUCCAAUUUUGUUUCCAAGUUUCAUUCAUACCCAGAAAAGAAAUCCUGUUACACAUUUGAAGGAUCCCAAUAUGUUCUGGGACUUUAUUACACUCCGACCAGAGACGACACAUCAAGUUUGCUUUUUGUUUUCUGACCGUGGUAUCCCUGAUGGCUAUCGACAUAUGAAUGGUUAUGGAAGUCAUACUUUUAAAAUGGUUAAUGACAAAAAUGAGGCAGUGUAUUGUAAAUUUCAUUUUAAGACUGAUCAAGGAAUCAAGAACUUGUUACAAAACGAAGCUGACAAACUUGCUGGAACUGAUCCUGAUUAUGCUAACAGAGAUCUUUAUGAAAUGAUAGCAAAUGGAAAUUAUCCAUCAUGGACAUUGUACAUUCAAGUAAUGACUUUCCAAGAAGCUGAAAAAUAUAAAUGGAAUCCUUUUGACCUAACAAAGGUUUGGUCGCACAACGAUUAUCCUUUGAUUCCCGUUGGAAAAAUGACAUUGAAUCGUAAUGCAUCAAACUAUUUUGCUGAAAUUGAACAAAGUGCAUUCAGUCCUGCCAAUAUGGUUCCUGGUAUUGAAGCUUCUCCCGAUAAAAUGCUUCAAGGUCGUCUUUUUUCUUAUCAUGAUACUCAUAUUCAUCGUUUGGGUCUUAACUAUCAUCAACUUCCUGUCAAUUGUCCAUUUAAACGAAAUCCUAAAGCAUACCAACGAGAUGGUCCUCAAACAUUCAUUGUUCCUGAUCAGUCUCCAAAUUACUUUCCAAACAGUUUCAGUGGACCCAUUCCAAGUGAGAAAUAUUGUGAACAUAGCUCGAAGAUAUCGGGCGAUUGUAAACGCUUCGAAACUGCUGAUGAAGACAACUUUUCACAAGUAACAUUAUUUUACAAUAAUGUGUUAAACAAGGAAGAGCGAGAGCGGCUUAUUUCAAACAUCGCUGGCCAUCUGAAGGAUGCCAAAGACUUCAUUCAAAAAAGAGCUGUGGCGAAUUUUACACAAGUGAGCCCUGACUUUGGCGAAAAGUUGAGUAAAGCGUUGGAUUCAUACAACAAGGCACGGCUUUAAAUCAGUUGUACGAAGACACAGAUGCUUUGCGAAUACCUUGAUGCUUUAUACUUGUGUAGUUUACUCCUUAACUCGUGUUACUCAGACUAUCGUAAAAUUAAUCUUAUAGCGUAAUAAUCCUCUGAGAAAUUCCACUUAAAUAGGAAAUAUUUUUUGUUAAAAUCAUGUAUUGAACUAUUAUUUAUUUUACAUAGCAACUGUCACGACACCUGUAGUCAGUUUGACAUCGCUCCAAUGAUUUUAUUUGCAGUAAUUCUCCCUGUUAAUGAAUAUGAUGUUAAUGAUGUGUUUUGGAAUGAGUAAUUUUUGAAUGAUCCGAACGAUUUUUAAAUGUACUUUGACUUUUAAACAUAUUCAAAACAUCAA